AUGGGUAUUUUCACUAUUUGGGCACUGUGCGCUGUCCUGUUUUCCACGGCAAGAGGCUUCAGUCACGAGGAUAUGAAAGAUGCCCUGCUCCAGAAAUUGGACCUAAACGAGCUACCCAAAAUUAACAAGAGGGACUUGGAGAACCUUGUCAUCCCGGCGCACAUCAAGAAUAAAUACCUCUCUAUGUUGAGGCUGCACAAUAGGCGACGCAGGUCUCUGCCCAGUUUGGCUGGCAUUCUGAGGGGUAUCCCAGGAAAUGCAGACAUAUCAGGAGAGGUCAUGUAUUCUGACACGACAAGGCAGCGACUGGUCUUUGACAUGGAGGCAAGGAUCCCAGACAACAGUGAGGUCACCAUGGCAGAACUAAAACUCUUCAAGAAAGCACCAAGAAAACUCCCCGUGCCCGAAAAGAGGAAACACCGACCUGCCAACAAUGCCCGAGUGAGCAUUUAUUGGGUGGAGGUCUUAGAAAAUGGCUCCAACCGGACAUCUCUUGUGGACUCAAGGUUAGUGCCUAUCAUGGAGACCGGCUGGAAGAGCUUUGACGUGUCCCAGGCGAUUCACUACUGGUCCAAGACCCAGCGCAAGACUCCAUUGUAUCUGGAGGUGUGGAUCGAAGGCGAGAGACCGGGAAGUUACGCGGCCGAGAUGGCCAAGUGCGUGCACUUUGCGACUCAAGACCCCGCGGACAAGACCCUGGGGAAACCAGAACUCGUACUGUACACGCUAAACCUCGAAGAAUACGGGUCCCGAGGUGAUUGUGAAGCGAAUAAAGCCAACGACGUGUGCUGCAGAGAAGAGUACUUCAUUAAUUUCCGGGAGCUCACCUGGACCCAGUAUUGGAUCAUCGAGCCAGCGGGUUAUCAGGCAUUCCGGUGCGCGGGGGGCUGCAAGCAACCAAAGCGUAACUACAGCUAUGGGCAGCGGACCUGCGCAGUGGUGGAGAGCGCGCCUCUGCCAAUGAUGUACCUGGUGAAAAGGGGCGACUACACCGAGAUUGAAGUGGCAGAAUUCCCCAACAUGAUAGUUGAGAAAUGUGGAUGCACAAUGGACAACAUAUCGAUUGUAUGA